AUGGAGAAUGCACAUAUUGGAGAUAUUGUUAGGCUGGGCCGUCGGAUUCCUGUCGGGGACACAAUUGGCAGAAUGGCUUCAGCGAUAAACAUGGCCCUUCCUGAUCGAACAAUAGAGGUGCGCGACACAACCACAACCACAUCCUCAGCCGAUUCGACAGGCAGUUGCGGAGCCAGCGCGUGUGAGAAGCCCGUCAGCAACUCGACAUUCACAUUGCCCAUUAUUCUUGGUGUUGCCAUUCCUGUUGUUGGAGCCGCUAUUCUAUUCAUAAUUCUGCAGCGAAGACAUACCCGCAAGCAACGAGAGGAGGAUGCUAAUGACCGACAUGCAUCAAUGGACUUCGGUCUGGGAGAUGUGCCGCAGCCAUUGCGAGCGAAGAGAGCACCAACCAACAUGUCGGAGAUGAGCUAUGGAGGAGAGAAGGGUGGGAUGCGCCCAAAUGGAAUGAGUCGCCGUCAAGUCUCCAUGGAUCUGAACAUGAGCAGUCCGUAUCUCCUGCCACCGGAGCUCCAGAAUUCUCGAGAAUCUCUCCACUCGCUUUCGAGGACGAUUCACCAGCAAGAAGAUCCAUAUCGACCAGUAACUCAGUACUACCCAGGGGAUGGUGCAUCAAUUCGAUCGCAAAAGCAAGGCUCCUCAAUCUACACUGGAUCAAGUGCACCGUCGAAGUUGCAUGAUACAUCAUCAAAUCUCCUUGCGAACGCUGGACAAAUGCCUCGAAGCCAUCCUCCAAGUGCAGAGUUCACCCGUCCUCUACGUCAAAACUCUCUUCCACAGAGCAACGCAUCAGUCAGCCCAGUGGACUCCAUCCCACCUCCUUACCCGGUUGAACCACCUCAGGCUCACCUGCCAGUCCUGACCCCUGCAGUACUGACUCCAGGAUCACCAGAGAGUCAGAGCAGAGGCCUCCCAACCAGCCCACGACCAGGACAGACUUUGAACCCACCAGCCAAAGUUGCUGAAAAGCCUCGUGAUAUCCGUACGAGCAACGGCAACCCUGCGAACUUCCGACAAAGCAAUGAUUAUCUGGCUGCCAUGAUCAUGGAGAAGGAGCCUGCGCCUCCACCUGAACCUCGUCAACAAGCUCGUAGAGGACCUCCACCAGCAAUCAAUACGCUCCCCACAAAUCCCCGUCCUGCCCGUAAAGAAUCAAUGCCUCAAGCCCCAAACAUGGAUGACCAAAACGACUAUGGUGAUGGAUUCAAGGUCACACCUCCUUCGCCUGGUCGUGGAGAACAGAUGCGUGGUCAGCGUUACUCAAUGGAUGUCCCUCCUGAGCAAUUCGCUCAAGCUGGAUUAGGCGCCCCCGGUUUUGAUCCUAAGCGUUUGUCAAUGGGUUUCCGUCCAUUGCCUCCUAAUGUCGUUACCGAGUCGGACGAUCCCGAGGUCAGAGCAAACAGGAUUCGGUCUUUCUAUAAGGAGUACUUUGACGACAGUAAGCCGGCUCCCCAAGGCCAAUAUUAUGAAGACUACGACGAGAAUUACCUUGGUGAUGCUGCCUACUUCGAUCCCGAGACUAACACUUUCGUUAUGCCAUAUGCGGAACCUGUUACUCGCCGCGCCAUGACACCACCUCCAAUGGGCCCACCUAGAUUUCCAGGACCGCCCCGUGGUAGACAGGGCUCUAUGGGAGCCAUGAGCACUGGUGGUAUGCGUGGACCUCCUCCAGGACCCAGAGCAUACUCAUCUGCCUCUGGUCGCAUGGCCAAGCCUGGUCCAAAGAGACCUCUGCCUCCACCAACUCCUCUUAACAGCUUGCCUACACCAUCCAAGCUGAGAGAUGACUCGUUUGCUCUCAUGAGCUCCAUCGAGUUUGCUCCUCCUCAGACCUACCGUGAUCGUGUUGCUGGCCGAUCCGAAAGUCCACUCGGCGAGAGACGUCCAUACUCACCGAUGGUUCCGGCAUUUGCUCCUGUCGUCAGUGCUUUUGAUGAACUUGCGCCGAUACCAAGCCCUCACAUGCUAAGAAAGUCGGGCACCUUCACAUCCCUGGACUUCGCACCACCCAAGAAGUUCAGAGAUCCCGAUAGCAUGAGUGAUGCAGGCAGUAUUCGAAGCAACCGGAGCGGAAUCUCACAAACCCAACUCGGUGCCAUCCGCAAUGGUGCUUACCGCAUCAGCCGCAUCCCCAAGGACGUUGUUUUUACCAAAGACGACCUCGCUACUACGUUGAAGCCGCAAUGGGGAAUGCGUGCAGAGUAG